AUGUCCGGUAAAUACCGUGUUAGAUCAGUUAGCUUGCCUUCAAGAUCACACCCCACAACACUAACAGUCGAAGAAGAGCUGAACAAGCUCAAAGCAUGGGAGGCAUUGUCAACAUCAGGGUCCAUUUGCAAUGGUCUAUUGGGAGUGGAGGACUUGUACAAAUAUGUGGAUGAGUUUCUCAACUUGGCAUCAACCCAAGAAGUCCUCUCUCGCCAUGAAAAUGGAAAAUGCCACAACGAAUUAUUGGACGGGUCAGUGAGGCUCUUAGAUGUUUGCAGCAUUGCAAGGGACACCAUGUUGAGGUUUAAGGAGCAAAUUCAAGCACUUCAGUCCUCUUUACGCAGGAGAAAGGGAGAUUCAAGCAUAGAAAGCAGUGUAGCUACUUUUACUUGCUUCAGGAAGAAGAUGAAAAAGGAUGCCAAAAAGUUGAUUGCUUCAUUGAAGCAAAUGGAUAACAAACUUGGGGCAUCUUCACUUCUAGAUCAAGACCAGCACCUCUCCGCGGUGAUAAAGGUGAUCAGAGAAGUUAAUGUUGUUAACUGUUCCAUCUUCCAAUCCCUCCUGUUGUUCAUGUCAACAUCAUCCAAGCCAAAACAAAGCAGGUGGUCCCUUGUUUCGAAGUUGAUGCACAAGGGAGAAAUAGCCUGUGAAGAGAAGCAAGAAAAUGUUAAUGAGUUGGUAGCAGUGUAUGCUGCACUAAGUGAAGUGUCUGAUUCCGAGAAGGUGAAAAUUACCUAUAAGAAACUUGAGGCUUUGGUGAUCAGCAUUGAAGAUCUCGAGAGUUGUUUGGAGCGUGUGUUCAGGGUCUUGAUUAAAACAAGAGCCUCUCUUUUGAACGUAAUCUCCCUAUAG